AUGGCCACGUGCUAGACGUGUUUACGCGAACUGCGUCACCUUUCGUAUUUUUCUUAUUUAUAUUACGAAGUGUUUACCGUGAGAUUACGGCGCCCAGUUUCAUGAGAAACACGCGCGAUAAGUGAUAGUCGUUAAACGUGCUUCACGGCGGACAUGGCGGGCCUGGAUACGCCUAUUCCAAGGUGCACCUGCGACGUAAGGAAUGUGGUUACCUGUUCCGCUGUCAAUCGGGAUGCGCCCAUGGGUAGAAGCGUGAGAAGUUACCGUCCCCAUGGAAGCCUCGCCAGGGUCCUGUACGACAAGCAAAAGGCGGACGAGCAGCUCGAGACGUACGACAAAACUCAGUGGUACAGAGUAAACAGUACCAAAGUUCGAGAGGAUUUGGUCCGUUUAUGGAUUCCCCUAGGGACAGGUCCGCAGCGUGACCAACCUGACAAAACUGCCGAAAUCUUCCUAACGAAAUCCGCUGAGAAAUCGGACUCUAUACCGCUGCAAGCGUGGCAUUCUUUGGCGAGAUCUGCCUUGUCCUGGUUCAUCAGCCGCACGUCCAUAAAUGGGGUGGCAGACAUUGAUUGAGUACAGCCAAGGAAAGUAAUAUCUCUAGAAUUCACCGAGUCGAACUCGAAGAUUUUAAACGUAACGUUGGAUGCCACGAUAAUAGUUCACUGUUCUCCCAUACUUUGGUCGUUUUCGUGAUUAGAUAACGAGUAACAAUCGAAGUGCAUUUCGUGAGUAUGUUAAAGAUAAAACAGCUUAUCGUAAUCGUAGUCAGAGUUUGUAGCGAACUUGUAGUAAACACGUAAUGCUAGUCAAAGUAAUCCACUCUUACGAUAGAGACGUAAAGUGAAUAAUUAUCCCAAUUUUUAUUAAUUUCCGCCAUUAAUUCGUUAGUACCUCGCUUUAUAUGACACGCAACGCUAUUAGGUUAUUCCAUUUACGACGUAAACGAUACGUUUUAGCGAGUUUCACGCGUAGAAGCGACAAAACAUAUUCAUUUGCUAGAAACAUGAGUGCUAGAAAAGUGUAGUAUUGCUUGUUUAAAAAAUUUCAAAUGAAAACGAUGAAAGAGUGUAUUCGACAUGGUAGGUAUGCUACACGAAGUGAACUGUGUUUACUAUAAACACAUCAAACAUUAAUGUAAAUUCGAAACACCCAUGGAAUUGGCCGAAGACAUUUUAUAAACUAACCGAAGCAAACCUGUAGCGCAAUCGUUAAAUAACUGCCACGAAAAACUUAACCCGACUCGUUCUGCUAUCCAUUGUCAUUUGAGAAAUACUGAAAAGACUGUGAAUAUGCUCGAUGAGCACCGCACGAACUGUCAGCAGUCAGCCAUCAGCGAAAGAUGUAUGUUCGCUCGGUUCUCUUCAGUUUAAAAAAUGAACUGUUUCUGAACCGAAUUGAUACCAGGAAUGAAAAAUAAGUAUUAUACAGAGAACUUCUCUACGAAGAUCCAUUGAGAAGUUUCAUCCCAUGUCGACCUUAUUACAAACAGAAAGGUAAAUAAGUGAUUAGAGAACAAAAAUUUGGUUCUACGUGAGAUCUUGCUCCAAGUCACACCUCGAUAGUCUGCAAAGAAAAGAUGAGAAAUGAAUAUAAUAAGAGAAAAUGACCGAUACCGUACAUAGCAAUAUUAAAUUGCAAAAAGAGACGUGAAAAAAAAAAGAUUUGCACAAGAAUAAGCAAUACGAGUAAUCCGUUUAUCAUUUUGAAGAAGUUCGAAAAAUCGAUCUCGAACAGCCGAAGAUGUCGAACGUGUCCCGAGAAGGGGAAAGAAAGAUGACGUUGGAAAAAAGGAAGAGAAAGGUCAGGACAUCGCGUUGCUCGUUCAGAACGGCAAACGAAGGUAAAGAUGACUGGAUAGAUUCCUUAAGCGUUGCUCCAAUCAGAUCCCAUGUCACUCGGUUCAUUAAUCCAUUCAGGGUGGACUCUGAAAAGUCCCACGUUGUAUUACAGAGUUACACUCGUCCGAAUGUAACGACGUGAAUAUAUGUAUAAUGGCGUUCGGAACACGAAGAAUCUCGAGCGUGACGAGAUUCAAUCAAAUUAUAAUUGUACCGCGUCGAUGUACCUUUUAAAACGGUUCGCGUUGAAUCAAAGUUUGCAUCUAUAAAUACACGCUUGUUACUUUCUCGACGUAACUGUAUUAACACGUCGAAAGCCGGAUACACGCAUUGCUCGCAUAGCUCGUAGACUGACUCAUAGAUUUUGUCCACAUGUUCCUAGAUGUUGACUCGUAACACGUUAUCUCUUUACAUUUAAUUCUUUUUAUUAAACUUUCUCGUUUCUGUUGGAUAAACCUUUUUAAAAUCGGACUUCGCGUUAAUGUGUACGUAAUAUUAGAUACAAAUUUUGUUUAUCUCUGCAUGGGAUGUCCUAAUAGUUGCAGCUUUUCGAAUGCAAGUAUCUGAUGCGACCUAGAAAACAAUCCUGUAGGUAGCGAUUCGUAAAUUAUUUGGCUAAUUAUAUUUCCAUUAGGUUGUCCCGAAAGUUUCUUUCGCGAGUUGCACUCAAUUAUUUUAUGUGAUCGUGUUUCUAUAAAUAGACAAUCUAAUUUCAUAGAUAUUCAUGUUGUAACAGUAAUGGAGCAAAAUGAAUCGUGCAGAAUUCAGUAAUGUAACAUAAAACAUAAACUAUCGCGCAUGUAUUACUUAUUAAUAAAGCGAAAGAAACUUUUGGGACAACCUAAUACAAGACAAUUAACCAAAUAUUUAAAUUAAUUCUUAAAAUAAUUACAUUCAAAGUGUUGCAUUAGAAAAUACUAUUUUAAAUGCUUGUUACUACAGUAGUUCAUUAUGGCACCGCUAGAUAGUACUAUAAAGUGUCACGGUUAAUUGGCCGGUAAUUUAGCAGCUGUAAGUUGGUGAAACAAGUAGAAUAUACAUUUUACCGGUAAAAUCGAAUCGCUACCUAUAGGCAGACGCGUAUCGUGUCGAUGUCAUUAGGUGUGUUUUUUGUAAUGGCCAAGCGUACCUUCAAUUAUUUGCGCGACCGCUAUCAGAGGGGAGAGAGAGAGGACAAAUCAAAGGAAGAAUGGGGAAAGAGAAAAAGAAGAGGAUAGGUGUAUCGAGAGCUCGCGCGGUAAUCCAGCAGAAAGCAGCACGGUUGAAACGGAAGAUUUGCAAACAAUAGGUCCGAAGCGGGGUGGAUUCUUUAGAUGGCGGCUUGAUACGCAUCGCAUUUACAUAUUAUUGCUAUUAUUAGGUAAACGGUCCUUCGAGCGCCUCUUUAACACUACGCGCUCGCCCUUCUAGAUAUUUUACGAGCGACCGCGAGAGGCCCCCACCGAUAAAAGCCGAGGUUGCAACAGCGCCGUCUAUCGGUAGACAAAAAUUGAACCACCACCCGGACCGAGUAGGUGGCUGGAAUUGUAAAUAAUCCCUCGAAUCGCUGGAAAAAGAUACUUAUCGGGUUUACGCUCGGUAACAUUCUAUCCCCGUCGACUGCCUCUUCGCUUUUUGCACCGCGCGGUCCGCUCGUCAAACGCCAAAAAUACCUUCAAUCGCCCACUCGGUAUUUUAACACUUUACCGACCGGUAGCCUAUUAAUAGGCUCUUUGUUGCCGACGCUUACCGACCGACACUUGUGAAUCGGUUUUUAUGGUAAUCGAUGCUUUGUUAAAAUGACAUUACAUUCAAUUACGAAUAUAAGAAUUAAGUAAAGUGUUAAGAAAACAAUAUCCGUUGACUUCGGUAUAUGACCGAAUUUCGGUAUAUCAAAGUAAAGUUUAUCACGAUCACGCGAUACCUAUUCGUUUUGUCUAUUUCUAGCCUUCCUAUUUUACAAAUAUCUGUCCUUCGUUUUAAAAAUCGAACAAAUCUCCGUUUCGAUUUAAAAAUCUGUUGGCGGCGGUUAGAUCGCGUAAGAUCGACUUUUUAAAGCUGGCAACGCUGGAUACGCGGGGCAUCAGAGCUCUCUAGACCGCGUGACGCCGGGGUCGAAAUUAAAGAUGCGGCUUCGGAAGGUACGGGGCCCCCGACGAAGUCGAGGAAGGCAAAAAGAAGGAAGGCGAAGAAGGGAUCGGAAUCGCUCGAUAAAACAGGGCGACGUUGGAACCACCGAUGGGCCCGGAACGAUUCGAAGGGGAGAAACAUUGGGCCCGGGGUGGAAGGGGGAGGAACCGAGUACGUACACACAAUGGGGUCCAAGAAGAGAAGCCGAGAGCAAAAGCGGUGAAUUAAUUGUCGCUCGCGCCGCCGACGAAGCCGCUACGAUCCGCAAGCCUGAUUUGUGAGCCGCACGCGUGUAUAUCGUAUGUGUAUCUCCCCCCUGUUCGAACUCCUCCCCCUUUCUCCUUCCCCUUCUCUUUCGUUUUCUCCUUAGCUCUCUCCCACUCUUCCCUUAUCCCUAUUUCUUUCGUUCCCCUCUCGCUCUGCCGUCUUCGACGGCAACAAGGAGACCCGUGUAGAAGACCGCGACGAUGGUGAUGGAGACUGACAAUGGAAACAAGCACAAAGAACGACAGAGUAAACAACCACACCACCACCACCCCACCCCCCACCUCCCACCACCCGCCGGAGAAAGAGUGAUACAGGGUGGGGGGGUGGGGGGGGGGGGGGUAAACAGGAAACAAAAGUGCGGAUGGCGAGCAGAAAAACGAGGAAAAAGUAUAUAAAUCGUGGAAGAGAAAGAAUCGUCAGCAUCCAUCGAAGGGAGAAAGAGCGAAGUACCAGAAACUGAAAGAUGCUACGAAAAAUGCACCGACCGCGAGU